GGUGCUGAAAACACGAGUGCUUAGACAGCGGAUCGAUGCGCCAUCUGACAGUAAACUGAGAACACGCGCGUCAGGAUAUUGGAGUAUUUUUAGCGGAAGUAGUAUUUUUUGUUCGUGCCCAACGAAGACGGUCGAAUAAUUCACGCGACAGUAAAAUCAGAAUAGUUUUUCAAUCUAGAAUGGAGAUGAUGAUCGAGAGUUAUUUCAAUAUGCACUACUAUGGCUAUCGGACGCAGUCAUCGGAAUCGGAAUCUGAUUCGGAAAGUGAGGUGGAAAGCAUAGACGACCGUGAAUUCCCCUUCGAGGACGAUAUUUUUUACAUCAAUAUCAAAGCCCCGAGAGCGAAAACGGGAUGGGACAAUUUGCCAAUGGAGAUUUUGAUUCAUAUUUUUGGAUUUAUCAGACCAAGCGAUCGCGAUUCAGCCGCCCUCACGUGUCAUCGCUGGUUUGAGGCCCUCCGCCAUCCGAUCUUUCUCAACGCAACCUGCUUUCACUUCGAACGAAUCGACAUAAACGAUAACCAGUCACCCAUACAGAUAUUUCUGGACAGUUUCCGCCACUUUACCAACAUCAAACUUACUAAGGUACGAUUCAGCGGCCAAACGGAAUUCUGGGACUGCUUCGGAUUUCACAUACGGGAGAUAACGUUCGAUAACUGCGCACUCAACAAAGAGAAACUGUCCAACAUCCUGGGCACUAUGCCAAACCUAGAACGGUUAAAUUUAGUCGACUGCGACGACUUGUUCAAAAGUUGGCAUCCUGUGAGUUUCGACGAUAUUUCUCCAAUUUGCGAACGACUAACCCAUCUAGGUUUGCGCAAAAUCAGUGCUUUCAACGAAAGACACUUGUACUAUCUGGUGGAGAUGGCUCCGAACAUUUCCUCGCUGGAAAUCUCAAAAUGUCUCAAAGAGAAAGACGCCACCAAACGAGUGGAGAUCCUCACUCACGUACUUCGUAUCUUGAAACUACACAGACACCAGAUGAGAUCGGUUAACUUCAGCUACACCAUGUAUGACGACCUGUUUCUCAAGCAGUUUGCCGAGAUCGAAAACAUGUCUCUCAGCAACAUAUGUUUGUCCUUCUUCGAACGAGCCCCCAUCAAAGAUCCUGGAAUAAUCGACGUCCUGCGGAAGCACACCUACCUCGUUCACCUUGAUCUGUCAUCCUUUCUCAAUCUAACGGACUUUGCACUCAUAGAGCUUGCCCAGUCAAUGCCCCUGCUGAAAACACUAAAACUAAACGGCUGCUGGCUGCUAACGGACUUUGGCAUAUCGGACAUUCAGAAACUACGCAACCUAACCGUGCUAGAUCUAUCGGACUGCGAUCGAGUGACGGACAGUGGAUUCCUGAAAGCAAUCGUCGAGAGGGGAAGAACAAACAUGAGAGAGCUGUACCUUAGUAUGCUACCGGGGUUAACGGAAACUGUGGUGCUGAAAAUUUGUCUUACCCUGACCGGCCUCACCGUGCUGGACCUGUGCGGAUCGGACUGUAUGAAUGACACGUCCAUACAGUUCGUGUUCUGCUACUUGAGUCGUAUCCGGAUCCUGCGGCUGAAUGGAUGUGUUAAGAUAUCCGACGCUGGACUUACCGGUGUUGAGUUGCAACGAGCAGCCAUCGAUAUUUGGGACAGCCAGCAAACGUUCUCGAUCGAUAUGCUGCGUGGCCUACAAGAACUGCAAAUCUCAGGUUGCUUCAAGGUAACCGAUUUCGCCCUAAAACAGUCCUUUCAGUUACUCGAGCUGACGGAAGUAAAUCUGUCGCAUUGCGUUCAUAUUACAGAGGAAGGUAUAGACGCCAUGGUAAGAAACUGCCCUUCGCUGGAAUCGAUCGACCUGAGCGAUUGCUACCACAUCAACGAUGCCUGCAUCGAUUCAAUCUGCAAGCACUUACCUAGGAUAGCCACACUGAAGUUGGUUCGACUGUCGCUGAUAACGAUCGACAGCAUUAAUUCAAUCCUGAGCAACUGCAAGAAGCUGAAAAAUAUCAACCUACGUGGAUGCAGCAAAUUACCACGAGAUGCGAUUGAUCUUUUACGCAAGCUGAAUACCUUACGAAACUGGCCAAACAAAGAUUAGAUGCUCGCGGACUUACCAAGGUCACUUCCAACAGCGCACAAAUUGUCUGCCACAGGUGGUCAUCGAAUAUAAGAAGCAAAUAAACAAUGCAUAAUAUAGCGA